AUGAAUUAAGAAAUCAGGAAAGAAUUAGAAAAAUAAAAGGAGAAUAUAAUUAAUAAAGAAGAAGAAAAAGAAAAUCCAAACAAUAAAGAAGUAGAAAAGGAGAAUAAAAUUAAUAAAGAAGUAGAAAAAGAAAAUUAAAAUAAUACAGAUUACAAAGUCUAUUAAAAUGUGAUAAUAUUUAAAAAUCUUUAAAUAAAUAUUGAAGAUACCUUGAAAAACUAUGAAGAAUAAUAGAUUGGUCCAGAUAUUUAUAAAUAUGAUGUAAUAUAAUUGCCAAAUAAUGAAAAAAUUUAAGAUGAAUCAAAAUUAAGAAUAUUUUGUGAAGAAAGAGACAGUAAUGGUCUUUUGUUAAAUAAAGACAAAUAAGUUUAAUUAAAAAAAUUCUCUAUGAAAUCACCUAAACCUGAAUUUAAUCUUAUUAAAAAAUUACUUUUAUCAAUGCACGUUGGAGAAGAAUCAUGGUUCAAAAUAACUAAUUUUAAAAAUUAAAAUGAAAAUGAAAUUUAAGAAUAAAAUAUUAAAUAUUAUAAAAUAAAGAUAGUAGAAUAAUAGAUUGUUGAAAAACCAUUAGAUUUAAAAGCAUUAGAAAAGUAUAAAAAAUUUUAUAAGUAGUCGUUUUCUUUAAUUUGAAAAAUUUAGAAAAUAUGGGAAUGAAUUAUUUAAGAACAGUUAAUUUGAAAAUGCUAUAAAAAAGUAUAAAAAAGGAAUAAAUUUUAUGGAGGCAUGGCCAAAAAUAUAUGAAUAAGAUCCUGAGGUUAAUUAAAAGAAAAAAUAUUAUUACUAAUUAUUUUGUAGCAAUAUGGCUUAAUCGUAUAUCUUUUUAAAGGAAUAUGAAAAAGCCAUAAUGAUUUUAGAAGAUAUUAUACCUUAAUGUAGAGGAAAUGUAAGAAAAUACUAAAUAUUAAUAGGAAUUUGAGAUUAAAAGUUAUUAUAGAAUAAUUGUAUGCUAUAUAAAGACCAGGGAUUUUGAUAAAGCAGAAAGAUAUUUAAGAGAAGUAAAACAUGUUUGUUAAUUGGAUAAUGAUUAAUUAUAACUUUUUGAUUGGCUUGACAAAGAAUGUAGACCAUUGAAGAAAGUGAAAAUUUGA